AUGCGUUCUUCACAUGUCGCAACUGCCAUUGCUUCUCUCCCAGCUCUGGUACAAUCUCUCAGUCUGACAGAUAUUUGCACACCAACCUAUCUCGCGGCUAACUUUCCAGCUGUCGAUUUUUAUGAUGGAAUAACUUUAGAUCCAACAUCAAUCACAGCUAAGAUGGUGACAAACGCCUCGGCAUCGAGCGUGUUUUAUCCCAAUGCCGUCAUCGAUUAUUGUGCUGUUACGUUCAAGUACUCUCACAAUGGUCUGAACGACAGUGUUCUUCUAACAUACUGGGUUCCUGCACCAGCAAAUUUCCAAAAUCGUUACCUUUCUACAGGCGGUGGUGGAUAUGCCAUCAAUUCAGAGACUCAAUCAUUGGCUGGAGGAGUGGAAUAUGGUGCGGUUGCAGGUCAAACUGAUGGUGGUUUUGGAAUCUUUCAAAAUAAUGUUAUUGCCCAAUUCCUUCUUGCGAACGGAACAGUAAAUUGGCAAAAUGUUUACAUGUUUGGAUAUAAUGCUAUUCAUGAAAUGAGUGUCAUUGGAAAGGAAUUCACUUCGACUAUCUUUAAUAUGACUGCCAAAAAUGCUACCUUGUAUUCUUACUAUCAAGGCUGCUCCGAAGGCGGCAGAGAAGGCUUUAGUCAAGUUCAACGUUUUGCGGAUCAAUUUGAUGGAGCGGCAAUCGGUGCACCCGCUUUCAGAUACGCAUUCCAACAAGUGCAACACCUUUAUUCGAACGUCGUGGAACAAACUUUGGAUUAUUACCCACCACCUUGUGAAUUGCAGAAGAUUGUCAAUGAGACAAUCAUUGCUUGCGAUCCUUAUGAUGGUAAAACAGACGGAGUAGUCUCCCGAACAGAUCUUUGCACGAUAAACUUCAAUAUCUCGACUCUUUUGGGCACACCAUACUCUUGCCCUGCAGCAGCAGGAGGAUUUUUUGGUGGUGCAACACCUGCACAAAAUGGGUCAAUCUCGGCCAAGGGUCUAGCUGUAGCCCAGAAAAUACUCGACGGUCUCCACACCACUGAUGGCAAACGCGCCUAUUUCUCAUAUACUUCCUCCUCCACCUUCACCGACGCAUUGACAUCUUACAACCCCACGAGCGGUCAAUUCGGUCUUGAUAUCACUUCUCUUGGCGGCUCCUUUGUCGAAGUCCUCCUCGAUCUCAAAAAUGGUUCUAACCUCCAAUCUCUUGAAGGAGUGACAUACGAUACCCUCCAUAACUGGAUCCAAGAUGGAUGGAACCGUUAUAACGAUGUUCUAAUGACCAACUGGCCAGACCUUACUCCUUACAAAAAUUCCGGCGGAAAAAUCAUCCAUUUCCACGGCGAAUCCGACUUCAGUAUCCCCACUGCCUCAUCUGUUCGAUACUAUGAAUCUGUGCGAGAAGUUAUGAACCCGGGACUCUCAUACAAUGAUUCCGUGGCCGCAACUAAUGAAUUCUAUCGACUAUUCCUCGUACCAGGUGGUUCGCAUUGUGCGGUCAAUGCAGCCGAACCUAAUGGACCAUGGCCACAAACAAAUUUGCAGGUUUUGAUUGAUUGGGUGGAAAAUGGGGCGGCUCCUGUUACUUUGAACGCGACUGUUUUGCAAGGAGAAAACAUUGGGACGAAUCAACAGAUUUGUGGGUGGCCUUUGAGACCCUUCUGGACGAAUAAUGGGACGACUAUGGAAUGUCGGUAUGAGCAGGAGAGUAUUGAUUCGUGGAUUUAUGAUUUGGAUGCUUUUGAUAUGCCGGUUUAUUAG